CUGUUUACUUCUUCAAAAAACAUGUGGGCGUUCUUAGUUCUCGUGGGUGCUGCAGUUGCUUCUGCUCACCUGCAAGAUCAGACUUUUGAUGGCCACAAGGUGUUUCGAGUGACUCCACAGAACGAUGAGCAGGUGGAAAUCAUCCAUUCCCUUGCCAGCAAAAUGCAGGUCGACUUUUGGCAGCCAGACUUCGUCAAUCUGGUAAAGCCAAAAAUGCAAGUUGAUUUCCGAGUUGAAGCUGACAAGGCUUUGGAGGUUGAACAUCUCUUCAAAGAAAACGAAGUGGAUUAUAAAGUUCUGAUUGACAACCUGCAGACUGCAAUGCAUGCUCAGUUUGACAGCAAAGUUCGUAGCACUGGUCACAGUUAUGAAAAAUACAACACCUGGGAUCAGAUAGCUGCUUGGACUGCUGACAUUGCUGCUCAGAACCCAAGCCUGGUCUCUCGCAGUGUAAUUGGGGAAACAUAUGAAGCACGGCCGCUGUACCUUCUCAAAUUGGGAAAAAGCGGUACGAAUAAGAAGGCCAUCUUCAUGGACUGUGGUUUCCACGCAAGAGAGUGGAUCUCCCCUGCUUUCUGCCAGUGGUUUGUAAAAGAAGCUGUGGAGACCUACGGAACAGAUAGUACCAUGACCCAACUUCUCAACAGCUUGGACUUCUAUGUUUUGCCAGUUGUUAAUAUCGAUGGUUACGUUUACACUUGGACAACUAACCGUAUGUGGAGAAAGACACGCUCUAAAAACACUGGCAGCUCUUGCAUUGGUACUGAUCCCAACAGGAACUUCAAUGCUGGCUGGUGCAAACUGGGGGCCUCAAGUAGCCCAUGUGAUUCUACUUACUGCGGCUCCUCACCUGAGUCUGAAAAGGAGACAAAGGCUUUGGCUGAUUUUAUUCGUGAAAAUCUUUCUACAAUCAAGGCAUACCUGACUAUUCACUCCUAUUCCCAGCUGCUACUGUUUCCCUAUUCAUACACUUAUUCACAUCCAAAGGAUUACAAGGAACUGAACACCAUUGCUAGUGCUGCAACCAAAAAACUGACCAGUCUGUACAACACCAAAUACGUAUAUGGCCCAGGAGCUACAACAAUCUACCCUGCUGCAGGAGGCUCUGAUGACUGGGCUUACGAUCAAGGCAUCAAGUACUCUUUCACUUUUGAGCUCCGUGACACCGGUAAUUAUGGGUUUCUUCUGCCUGAGUCUCAGAUAAAGCCAACCUGUGAGGAGACUCUGCUUGCUGUUAAAUACAUUGCCAGUUAUGUCCUUGAUAACUUGUAUUAAAGGAAAUUCUAGAAACGAUUAAAGUUACUCAAAAGCC